GUGUUCAAAAAAGUUUUGCGUGGCUGGACUCUGCCCUGACCUGCGAGCUCACCUGUACACAAAGAGCUGCGGCUCUAAUGGAAAAUCUGCCUCUCCUAUCUCUAUGCUCGGAAGCGAGCCGGAUCCUCGGCGCAUGCGUACAUUCUAAAAUACGAUUUGCACAACGGUCCAGCAUCAAAGAUGGCGGGAGCCUCCGACCCACUGGAGGACAUGCUCUUCAAUGAGGUGGACGAGAAGGCGGUGAGCGACCUGGUCGGUUCUCUGGAGUCUCAGCUAGAGUCUCAGAAGCCUCCCGCGCCUCCGUUUUCCGCCGGGAAACGAGACGCGGCUCCGUCGGCCGCGGGCCACUUCUCAGGGAAAGUGCGCGGAGCGGAGUCCGCGGAGCAGCCGCAACAAGGACAUCCCGGAGCGGGGCUGACCCCGGAGCCCGCCGCAAGCGAGCCGCCGUCCGCCGCACCGCUGCCCUCGUCUACCUCCGCCGGGCCCGCGGGAGCCAGCCUGGCCGCGGUCGGACCGCCUCCGCCCGCCGGUUCUCCGGGACCGGGACCUCUCGGCGCUCCGGCCGCCGGCGCUAGCUUCCCCCGGGCUGCGGUCCCGGGUCCGAGCGCUGCGGAGGCGGUCAGGAGCUCUCCCCCCGGACUGCAGAGCGUGAACGGCGGUACCGGAGCCACCAAGUUGGUGAGCUCUCCCGGUGUUCCUGCGACCGCCGGGGCUGGCCCCGCGACUUCACAGCCCGGCUUCCCCGUACCUCAGCCCUCCGGGGGCUCCCCCUCCGCGGUCCUGCAGAGGCUCCCCAGCCCGGCGGCCCAGAACGGGCUCGACCCGCAGGGCGGUCCGCCGGCAGCCCCCGCCUCUCAGGUCGUGAACCACAGCAGCCCUCUCAUGCACACCAAGGUGCUCGUGCCCAGCCAGCCCGCCACCGGAAGCUCGGUCAUCCUGACCGGCAACCCCCCUCCGGUCCAGGCCCCCAUCAGCCACCCUCAGACCGGGACCAGCACGUCACCCUCCGCCGGGGCUAAGCCCGCAGUCAACGGGGUGUCCCAGCCCGCUGUGGCCGUGGUGAGGCCUCCCGGACCGGCCGUGGUGGCCACCUCCAUCCCGCAGCAGAGACCCGGGCUGGUGGCCGCCACCACCCGGGUCGCUACUUCGCAACCCUCGCUGGCUGUCCGGCCCCAGCAGCAGACCACCAUCCAGCUGCCCCAGGGCUUCACCAUGCCCCAAGGUAUGGUUCUGGUCCGGACUGAGACAGGUCAGCUGGUCAUGGUCCCCCAGCAGGUCCUUGCUCAAGCUCAGGCUAAGACGCAGCAGAGCCAGGCGGUGACGAGCAUCACGCAGAGACCCGCCACGCCAACGGCCGGCGCCACCAUCCGGGUGAGCACUGCCCCCACGGCUCCGGGCACCCCUCAGACCGUCCGCCUGGCCACGCCCACUCAGACCAGAAUGAUUCAGCCUCCCUCCACGACCGCCGCAGUGCAGAAGGCGCUUGCAGUGGCACCUGGUGUCACGCCGGUUUCGGUGAAGAUGACGACCCCCCAGAAGACGCCGACGGUGAUCACGACGGGGGGGACGCCUGUCGCCAAACCUGCCGGCGUGCCGUCCACCCCCAUGACCGGCACACCGGCGCCUGCAGCUUCAGCCGCCGCCAGAGUCACCGUAGUGUCCCAGGAAAUGCAGGAAAACGUGAAGAAAUGCAAGAACUUCCUCGCCACACUCAUCAAGCUGGCGUCCCACAACUCACCCUCGCCGGAUACCUCCAAGAACGUGAAAGCCCUGGUGCAGGAUCUGCUCGACGCCAAGAUUGAGCCCGAGGAGUUCACCACUCGGCUGCAGGCUGAGCUGAAGUCCUCCCCACAGCCCUACCUCAUCCCCUUCCUCAAGAAAAGCCUCCCCGCUCUGCGGCAGACGCUGCUCAACAGCCAGCAGUCUCUGAUGACUGCACCCCCCAGCGCCGUGGUCACACCUCCAGCCACCCCUGGCUCCGUCACCGCCACCACCAUCAGGCCGCGGCUGCCCGUCAGCCCAGCCGGCGGCACCGUCCGUCUGAAUGCACCCAUCGGCACGGCGGCUCUGCCUGUGUGCAGACCUGGAGUGCAGACCGUGCAGACUCGGGCGCCGAUUGUCUUCAGACCUCAGGCUACGCUGCAGGUGAGAGGACCCACAACCAUCAUCAGCAAAAGCCCCGUGAACCUUGCAGCUCAGGCUAAUCAAAAGAAGCUGAGCGAUCCGGGGGGCGGGACGUUCAGAGAUGACGACGACAUCAACGACGUGGCUUCGAUGGCUGGCGUCAACCUCAACGAGGAGAACGCCCGAAUCCUCGCCACCAGCUCGGAGCUCGUGGGGACGAAGAUCCGCUCGUGUAAAGACGAGUCCUUCCUGCCGAGCGGCCUGCUGCUCCGCCGCAUCCUGGACACAGCUAAGAAGUUCGGCGUCAGCGAGGUCCCGCCAGAAGUGGUGAACCUGGUUUCCCACGCCACGCAGUCCAGGCUGCGCACCCUGCUGGAGAAGGUUUCGGCCAUCGCGCAGCACCGCACGGACGGCGGGAAGGAUGAAGAGCGCUACGAGCAGACGUCGGACGUUCGCUCUCAGCUGCGUUUCUUCGAGCAGUUGGAGCGUUUGGAGAAACAGAGGAAAGACGAGCAGGAGAGAGAGAUGCUGCUGAAGGCCGCCAAGAGUCGUGCCAGACAAGAGGAUCCUGAACAGGCUCGACUCAAGCAGAAGGCUAAAGAGAUGCAGCAGCAGGAGCUCGCUCAGAUGCGACAGAGAGACGCCAACCUCACUGCGCUCGCCGCCAUCGGCCCGCGUAAGAAACGCAAGCUGGACUCACCGGGCGGAGCUGGCACCGAGGUGUCCUCGGGCUCGGCUGCCGGCCCCUCCGUGGCCGGCUCCUCCCGCCAGCAGCCCCGCCAACGGAUCACACGAGUUAACCUCAGGGACUUAAUCUUCUGUAUGGAGCACGAUCGGCCCACAGCCCGCUCUCUGAUACUCUACAAGGCUCUGCUGAAGUGAGGAGGGAGCUGCCGCCGCCACAGUCCCCCUUCGCCUCCAGUCCUUCAGGGGAGGUGUUUGAUUCUAGUCUUCAGUCCUUACAGCACCUUUUAACGCUCAGCUCUGCUUUUACGAUUAUUUUUAGAAAAGGACGUCCCGCCUCAGCUCACCCUUCCGUUAGCGGAGCACUCCACGGCUCUUAUCCAGAUCAGACCAAUCAGAAACCAGAUCCAAACACAGGCUGAUUGGACAGAUUCUAAUUGGCUGAAAGGCUGGUCUGUUUUGGUGCUCGGCUGCUUGUUGAUGCGGUUUAAAACAGGGUGUGAAACAUGGCCUGGGUUACGCUAUCGAAGCUGUGGCCACGCCCACCCCUGUAGGUGAGUCCAGCAGUGAUGUCUGGAACAAACUGCUGUUGAAUACUGUUUUAAGUCAUGUGACCAGGAAAUAAACUGCCUUAUUAAGUCCGCCCGCUCCAUUACCCACGAUCCAGCUGGACCUCGAGGAGCUGUGUGGGAGAUCUUUGUGUCUUUAGCUGCCGAUUUGAGGAACAUCACCUGUAAUUAUUCUGUUAAUUACUCGUUUGAGCAAAUACUACUUCAGCGUGGAGUUCCUAAGGGCGCUGUUUUGGGUCCUUUCGUUCUUCGCCAAUGUUUUCGGAUAAUGCUAUGAUUUCUCUUCCUGUUAGAAACCUUUCGUCCACAGCUCCUCCUCCGCUGCAACUCCGCUCAAUUAGUCCGCCGAUCAACACUUGAAGCGCCUCCCGCGGUUUCAUGUGAAGUGUUCCUGUGACGCCAUAUAAAGCAAGCUGAGCUGACGGGCGUGCAGCGUGACACUGAGCUUCUUCUGUGAGAUGAGGUGGCGAGCGCCUCCAGACUCCAGCGCUGUACCUGAACAGGUGCCUUUGAGUCGAAACUUUCCCGACCUCUCGUUUAGAUUUCCUGUCAGCCCACUCAGGACGCCGGGCUCGCAGGCUCAUCGUUUUGUUUUGAAAGUUUUCUGAUCGCACUCAGAUCCUUCGGCUCAGUUCCGUCACGUGAUGGGAGGAGCUUCUUUUCACGAUGUCGUGUUCGUCAAAGGAACAGUUUAACAUUCAGACAAAUCUGUGUGAGAGCCGGACGGUCAGAUCGGUGAAGCUGUGGCGUUUUCGGGCGAAUCAAACACAAAACGCAGCAAGUGUUUCCUCUGAUUUCACAACCUGACAAGUUUUUAUCGAUCAGAAAAAUCAACCUCCAGCUUCAGUCCCGACUUUCAGUUUGUUUUGAUUAACCAGCUCUUUUUUUCGAUAAUGAAAUUACAAAUAUCCUGUUAACGCAGACUGAUGCCCUGGUAACCACUGGUUGUCCUUGUGAUCGCCUGCUGAACACGCCGCUUGUCUGCAAACACUCGCUAAAAUCUUGUUGCCUGCGACGACAAAGCUUUUACUUUGAAGGCGAACUAUUACCACUUCCUGCGUGGUUUCCCUGCAGUUUGGAAAACAUCGGCCGCACGAUCACGAUUUAUUUAUUUUCCCUAGCAACUGUGGUUACCGUGGCGUAACUGUAGCCUAAAAUUCCAACUUUGUAAAAGUUUGAGGAACAAAAACAUUUUUCCUCAUGAAGUUGUUUCUUUAGAAAAACAGUCGACGUCAGACUGAGGCGUCUCAACAGAUUUGGAUGUUGAUGACAAGUGGCUUCAUUGGAAGGGGGCGGGGUCUGAACGUCACGACUCUCAGCAGGUAAACUGACAGAUUGCCCCUUUAAAUGAAGGUGAAACAGGAAGCGCUCCUCCUCCAGGCGGCAGCGGCUGCGUGCGACUGGACUCGAGCCUCGUGGUCAAAAUGCAGUUUGAAAGUUUCCGGAAGGUUUUUAACGCUUUAAUGUCGGUCUGCGUGGCGAUGGCGUGGAGCCCAAUGAACUGAAGGACGCCAUUUUUGGGACUAUUUAUAUUUCCUACAUUGUCGUUUUACAGUUGUUUGUACCUUUGCAAAAAAAAUGAAAUAAAGAGAAGGAGAAAGUGG